UGUCGGUUCCGGUACCGUUUGAGAGGUACUCAAUCAGCCUUCAGGUCGCCGUCCUACUGCGGCCCGGAUAUCACGAAGACAAUAGACAUUUCUCACUCGCGAUCAUGAUAGUUGUGAUCCUCCUUCCAUACCUAUACUCCACCCUCCCCAACUUGCCGACUAUAGCCAAAGUAGCCAGAGGCGACACGUCUUUCGGCAUCUGGUGGGGCGCAUACUGUAUGGAGAGGGAGCCGUGGUGGAGGAUAGUGCGAGCUAUCUCUUUGAUGAUCCCCGCAUUGAUCACCUUCGUCCUCUGUGUCAUUAUGAUCCUAUCACUUUGGUCAUGCCACGGUGACCCGUCUCCAAGAGUCCGAGUUAGGAGAAUGGAAUGCCUACAAGUGGCCUACUGGUUCCUCUGUGCUCUAGGCCUGUUGGUAUAUUCAGUAUUCGAACAGACCAACGGUUGGAACUUUGACUGGAGCCCAAGAGUGGCAGAAAAUGCCAUUGGACCGAUCGUGUGGCUCGCAUUCGCAAGCAAUGCCAACAUCUGGCGGGCAUACUCUCACUGGCUUCGUCUCAGGCGUCCGCCAAAGCCCGAGUGUCUUCUAAUUGACGACAUCGAGACUGCCUCCUUCUCCAAAUGGCUCUCACCUGGUUCGGGCCGACUAGCCACAUCGGUGCACUCCAGUCGAAGCAGCUUCUACAUUCCACCGCCACAUCCACAGCCCCAUUUACGGGCUGAACAACGUCGAACCUGGAGUCCAUUCAGCAGAAAGCCAUCCAGCAGGGUGGCCAGAAGUCGAGGGAUCCACGAUUCGGAGACGAAGCGGCAGCAAUCUCUACAAGCCGAUGAAAAGCUACAGCAGAACCCUUUCGUUGGAAGCAGUGUGCCUCGCUCUCCGCCUUUCGCCUUUUCUGAGGAGGUGUCGGAUCAGGACGAGCUCUCUCCACAAGCCUUGUCGCCAACGAUCAAUUUCACGGGCGAAAGGGAACCUUCGGGUAAUCUCCAUGAACUGUCAAGACUGCCACCUCCAUCGCAAGCCACGCUCAAGGACCCUAUCAAGAAGCGAGUCUCCUCGCCAUCCAUCUUGUCAUACAACCUUCCUCGUCCAUAUCUGAGAGGCCGCCGGGCGGGCCUAGUCAACCGUCCCCCAAAUAUCGAGACCGGGCAUCCUAGGUCGACCAGCCCUGCUCCUCUAUCGUCCGGUCUAUCUUCUUCUUUUCACCUGCAUAUACCAAAGACUGCCUAUACUCGACCAAGGUCCGCGGGCUCGACUGGCUUCUCAGCGGUGUCCCUGUACUCAACAUGUUCAUCCACGACGCCACAAGUUGAUACAGAGACACCUGAGGAACAAUUAUACAAGGUUCCAGCGUCUCCUCCAGGCUCGGAAUUGGUCGUCGGCAAGCUCUACGAUCGGAAUGCUAUGCGAAUUUGGCGCCAGAAACGAGCGAGAAUUUGAGAUUGCCGGUGUGCCGUGUAUAUGUUCUUCCAGCACCGAGGCUAGUAUCUCUGAGACCUCAUGCGCUUGGGUGGCU